UGUCGUCUUUGGACAUCAAUUGCUUUGACUGCUAGGUGAAGAAGUAUUGUGAUUAUUAGCUGUUAGUGUAGUAUGUGGCGAAAUUAUUGAGUAGGAUUGUUAGUAUAAUUUACGGAUUCUAAAUGAAUUGUGGUUGGUUUGUUAAAUGAAAAUUGUAUUGGUUUUGUAGUGUUUUGAAAUUGAAGAACUGUUAUGUCCUCAGAUGAAAUGAAAUUCCUGUUUCCAGCAAUGUUUAAGGAUGACAGUUUAAGUGUGGGUGGGCGAGUGAAAGCCAAAGGUGAAUUCUAAAGGAGUUUUUCAAGUCUCGGUCAAAGCCACCUAAUAUGAAUUGCCGGGUUGAGAGCUUUGCAAGGAUAUGUCAAAUGUUUGACUCCCGUCACAGACGGUGGGUUACUGAAAUGGGAUUUGCUGGAUUGUUACAUCUGUCUGGUACGGUGACAUGCAUCUUCCAAGGCAGUUGGGGUAUUGGCUAAUGACCCAAAUAGAUUCGUUCAAUAAGAAGCUUAUUACCCCAGAUGGUAAGUGUUUAAGGUUAUCUAGAAAUUAAGUGCAUUGGGUUCUUGGCAUCCCUAAUGGGUCAAAGAUGGUGCCGUCAUACACAACAUUAAAACAUGUUCAGCGUGACAAGGUUAACCUAAUACUGUCAAAGUAUGGUAAAACACGGAAGAACAGGGAAGAACAUGGGAUGUACGAGUCUGUUGGAAUUCCAGUAUAUCCUGAGUUUAUGGAGAGGCUAGAGUGGGAAGAACACGAGGAGGAAGAAUUCAAGACAUUGUUCCUAUUGCUUGCACUGGAAAUGUUGUUAUGUCCUGCGUUGUCUUCCAGGUUGGCAACUGAUUUGGUUCCUGCCCUGACUUGUUCUGUGGAUUCUGUUCAAUACGAUUGGUGCACGCUGGUUAUGUCUAAGCUUCUUCAAAGUGUGAGGUCCUUUGCCCGGCAAUUCUAUUCAUAUGGCCAUGCUGGUGGAUGGGGAGGAUGCAUUUUAUUUGCUGUGGUUUUUUACUUAGAUAGACUUGAUAGAGAGGCUGUAGAUUGGGGCAAUUUUCCUAGGCUUAAGGUGUGGAUUAUGAAAGAGAUUUCGCUCGCUAGUAAGGAAGAUAAAUCACUGAUGGGGGGUGAUUAUGGAUGUGCAGGGACUUUGGAUGUUGCUUAUGGCGAGACUAAUCCAAGGCAAGCCAGAGAUACGGAUGGCCCGGGUGUGGAAACUCAGGCACGGGUAACCGAAAACGAAGGCACGGAGCAACAUCAUCAAAGUUUCCCCAUUCCAAAGUUGACAAGGGCGAGGGAAUGGUUUGUAGUAACAUCAAACUACAUUUGGAAGAAAUGGUUCCAAGUGUGUCCCUGGGCAAAACUACACUUGGGUAUGAUGCUACACGUUGUAAAGUAGAUGAUUUGUGGAGGUUGAUAUCAAAGGGGUCCUUGGCUUUGCUUAGAAGAAUGACCUCCAUGCUACUGAGGGGUGGUACCUGGAUGUUGAUUGGUGGUUUACCAGUAUUGUUAGCUUCUGUGUUGGUUGACGUUGUUCCUUUUGGUGGAGGUCGCGAUGCAAAAACAGUUGUUCUCCCUUCAUUGGCCAAUUUUAUUGACAAUCCUAGUUGUCGUGUGUUAGCGGUUGUGUCUGAGGUUAGUUUAGGGUGUUGGUGUAUUUGCACUGUAGGUGAAUGUAUGUGUAACUGGAUUUUUGUCUUAGCAGUAAUGGAUUUUAUUUUGGUUUCAAGUUCUUCUCCCAGAUUGUAACGAUGCUCUAAACUGCGAACCUACAUUGUUCCGAAUUUGUAUUGCGUUGAAAUCAAAUCUCCCUUUGGAAAUUGAAAA